AUGGAUGAAAACGAAUCAUUUCAUCUCCAAGAGAAGAAAGGAGAUCGAUCGAGCUCCGGUGGAACCUACGUGGGCGAACCCGGUGUCGAGUCUCACGACCACCUAAAAGUCGACACGAGCGUGAACUAUGAAGCUGGACAAGCCGCCAUGAGCACGGCCUCCUUGCGCCGCGGGCAAGCCGUGCGCCUGGAGGAUGACCUCCAGCUCAUGGAGGCAGAGCGCAUGGUAUCACGAUCUACCGAAACACGGAGUCAGCACCGGCGGAGCUCAAUGAGCCGAACGCGAUCGUAUCCUAGUCAGCGCGUCGAUGAGUUCGACGAGGCCACCAACCCACUCCACGAAAAGGCUGCCGUCUAUCAGCCUCCUGAGAGUCCGACUACCAAACUCUCUGCGUUUGUAAAGAAAGUCCAUAAUUCCAGCUUCACUGUUCGGUAUUUGACCUAUAUCGUGCCCGUGGUGCUGCUCCUCCUGAUCCCGUUGCUUAUCGGCGCCCUGAACUAUACCGAUACCAGCGUCGGCGGCGUGAAAUUGAUGUGGUUUUCGAUCUGGCUGGAAAUCGUCUGGUUGACUCUGUGGGCAGCCCGUGUCGUUGGGAAAUGUAUACCGCCGGCUGUGAGCAUAAUCUCCAGCAUAUUCACCAAUAACGCAAAGAAGUGGCGCGACAUGGCCAAACAGCUGGAAGUCCACUUCGUGCUUUUCUUCUGGUGGCUCGCUGUAGAGAUCUCCAUCCUACCCACGAUGAAGAACCAUCAUGUCGAUGGUGAUAAGCGCACGCGGGGUUGGGAGAGAACGCUCAAUAAGCUUAUCAUCGUGGGUCUGGUGUGGACGAUCCUCAAUGUUAUCGAAAAAAUCAUCAUCCAGCUCAUCGCCAUCACCUUUCACCAGCGCACAUACGACGACCGCAUCCAGCUCAACAAGUUCCAAAUCGGCAGCCUGACCAAGUUAUAUCAAUUCUCCCGAGCACGGAUCGCGGAAGACGACGAGACAUUCGAGCAGAACCCCAACCUGGGGACGCCGCAGAGCACCAAGAACCCUCUGCAGUAUGCCUCCAAGGCAGGUCGCGUUGCCCAGCGCGCCAUGAAAAACGUCGGCAACAAGGUCGGUGAUGUAGCUGAGGGCGUGCUUGCGGAUUUCACCGGCCGGCAGACGAAGAAUAGCAGUGAUCCAUACCAGGUCGUUCUUGCCUUGCUGCGCACCACCUCGGGCUGCCAGGUCCUCGCGCGCCGUCUCUAUCGUACGUUCGCGCGUGAUGGCUUUGACACGGUCUUCUCGGGGGACCUGAAGGAGGCCUAUGAUGACAAUGAGGAGGCAGAGGCUGCCUUCUCCAUGUUUGACCGGGAUAUGAAUGGGGAUAUCUCUAUGGAAGAGCUUGAAGGUGUCUGUGUGGAUAUUGGCCGUGAGCGCAAGUCUAUCACUGCAUCACUGAAGGACCUUGACUCUGUUGUGUCAAAACUGGAUCAAGUUUUCAUGUUCUUUGUCUUUAUUAUCAUUAUCAUUGUCUUCCUCACGCUGAUCUCAACGUCCGCAGCGGGAGUGCUGACCUCUGCUGGUUCUACCAUCCUCGCUCUAUCAUGGAUGUUCUCUACAACUGCCACCGAGUUCUUACAGUCUAUCAUUUUCGUCUUCGUUAAACACCCAUUUGAUGUUGGUGACCGAGUUACCAUCUACGGUAAUUCCGGGGCCUCAGGCCUUGGUGACGACUACUUCGUCAAGGAGAUCGCGCUCCUAUAUACCGAGUUUAAGAAGAUGGAGGGCCACAUCGUCCAAGCACCAAAUAGUGUCCUCAACAAUCUUUUUAUCCUCAACCAGCGCCGCACAGGUGCUCUCGCCGAGGCCCUGCCAAUUGUUAUCAAGUACGGCACAACCGUCGACCAGAUGGAGCGACUCCGCCACCGCCUCGUAGAGUUCGUGCGCAGCGAGAGGCGCGAUUUCCAGAGUAUGAUCCUCCACGAGCUCCGCGAGGUCACAGAAAACUUAUCCCUGACCCUUAACGUCGUCUUCUUCUACAAAUCCAACUGGCAGAACGAGGGCCUGCGUCUGCAGCGCCGCAACAAGUUCCUCUGCAUGCUCAUGAUCGCGCUCCAAGAA